CUUUUACACAGCUUCUCCACGCCACCCUGUCUCGCCAUAUCCGUCCUCCUCCCCUCCUAUCUUCGCUUCAUCCCUCUCUCCUAUCCUCCUCCUCUCUCUGCAUGUUCACCCACACUCCCGUCCUCCACAUCCACACUUCGGCCCCGCCACCGCUCCGGCGAGCAUGGACAGCCGGAUAAUAGAGCACACCCAAGCCCAGUUCGGAGGCUCUUUAGGCGGCAUGGUGGGCUUCCCCUACCACCUCGGACACCACCACCACCACGUCUACGAUCUUGCCGGGCACCAUCUGCAGUCGGCGGCUGCCGUGCCCUUCUCCAUAGACGGAUUACUCAACGGCUCCUGCUCGGUGAACUCCAGUCCGCUUUUGUCGUCCGGUUGCGGGUUGAACGGAGACGGACAACCGUAUAAACUAUCAGAUUCGGGGGACCAUGACAAGGAUAGCCCCAGUUGUAAACGGAGGCGCACGAGGACGAAUUUCACCGGCUGGCAGCUUGAGGAGCUGGAGAAGGCCUUUAACGAAAGCCAUUACCCAGACGUGUUCAUGCGGGAGGCGCUCGCGCUCAGACUGGACCUCGUGGAAUCCAGGGUUCAGGUGUGGUUCCAGAACCGUCGUGCCAAAUGGAGAAAGAAGGAGAACACUAAGAAGGGUCCUGGCCGGCCGGCCCACAACUCCCACCCCACAAGCUGCAGCGGUGAGCCCAUGGACCCAGAGGAGAUCGCACGCCGCGAGCGAGAGCGGGCUGAGAAGAAGAAACGCAAACAGGAGCGUAAACUCCUGAAGUCCCAGAACAAGCUGCUCUCUGGUGAACUGUUCCACACGCCCGGCGGCUCCGACAGCGACAGCGGCGUGUCCCAGUUCACCGACAGCGAGCAGCCGCUCUCCACCGGUAACGGGAGCACCCACUCUGAACAGUCCACCGGACGACACCAAACCGAACCCAGCUGUGACCAAACCCGACCCGGAUUAGAUCUGCUGCACAACCACAACCACCACCAUCACCACAACCAAAGAAGCGCAGGGGGGCUGCUGGAGCAGGUGUCCCCAGGCAGCAUGCUGGGAUCUGGGCCGGGCGGGGUAAGGACGUCAGGCCUCCAGAAACGCAACCCCUUCAGCGUGGAGAGUCUGCUGUCGGACGCCACUCCUCGGAGGAAACCUCCGCAACUGGACUUCCCUCCCCUGACCAAUCAGCGACCUCUGGUAGGGAAGGGUCACUUCCUGCUUUACCCCAUCACCCAACCCCUGGGCUUCCUGGUGCCCCAGACCGCGCUGAGGAACACGCAACAGGAUCGUCCUAGCAACGAGGAGCACGACGACAAGCACUAUGGCAACAAUCACGUCGGCAACGGGGUUCCCGGGACGACGGGAGGGCCCCCGGGGAAGUUGGGUGUCUCUGGGGAUCCCCUGCCCCCCGUGGGGGGUCCCCUGCCCUCCGUGGGGGGUCUCCUGCCCCCCGCUAACAGCGUCUCAGUUCAAACCACCCAGUCCAGUUCGAGCGGCGACGAGCCGGUCUCCGCUCAAACACAGACAGACGCCAGCGGUUGCCAGGGCAAGCCCGCCGGCGGCUCCUCUCCGGUCCGCUCCGACUGCUCUGAGACCAGCACCAACUGUGCCUCGGCGCCGGUGCCAGAUGGUGAGGACGUGGACAUGGACUAA